CGCUCUCUGUCAGGCUCAUUCCGAUCCUCCAGGAGGCUGAAAGGCAGUGGCGAGGUUUGGCGGAGUCGGAGUUGUGGCUGCUGUUCUCACGAGCAGAAUUAGCGAGGAAGCGAAUCCCCUAAAGGGUUUUCCCGGGAAAUCUGGGAAGAGACCGAUUCAGAGCUGGAAACUUCUUUGUUUCUGAAAUGUCUGCAUGUCUAGAAAUGAAAAUAACUCAGAAUUUGAAAGUAACUCAUUAUACUUGUGAAGUUUGUCCAAAGCCUCUUGAUAAAGCUCAUAUUCUACAAAUGAAGUAGCUUCUGGAGCUAUUAUUUGGAAAUUCACCGGACCACAAAGGGAAAAUGGAAGUGGAAAAGUCAACAGCAGUGGAAGCUGCAGAUGGCCGUCCUGCCAGUCAGGCUGAGAGCAGAGCGUUCUGGGAAAGAGCCAGCCAGAAGAUCCUCCAGGAAGAAACCCUCAGCUCAGAUAUUCAAUGCUGGCACUUCAGAAAUUUUAGCUACCAGGAAUCCAAAGGGCCCAGAGAGGUUUGCAACCAACUCCAUCAGCUUUGCCAUCUAUGGCUGAAGCCAAAAAGGAACACAAAAGCUGAGAUGCUGGACCUGGUGACCCUGGAGCAGUUCCUCACCAUCCUGCCCCCAGAGAUGGAGACCUGGGUGAGAGAAUGUGGAGCAGAGACCUGUUCCCAGGCGGUGGCCCUGGCCGAAGGCUUCCUCCUGAGCCAAGCAGAGGACAAAGAGCUGGGAAAGAAGCAGGUGCAGGAGCGUCUCACAGGGGUGGUCACAGAACAUCUCAAGGGAAGGGGAGAUCUGUCUGAUCCCUCUCAGGAACAGCUCUUGAAGAUCUCCCAGACUCAGGUUGUCUCAUCACGGAACAGAAUGGUGUCAGUGGAAAUAACUGAAAUGUCUUCUCUUUGUGGUGGAGCAGAAACUGCAACUGUGUGUCCAGCUCAGGGCUCCAUGUCCUUUGAGGAGGUGGCCAUGGAUUUCACGGAGGAGGAAUGGGCGCUGCUGGAUCCCAGCCAGAGAGCCUUAUAUAGGGAAGUCAUGCUGGAGGUUUCUAGGACUAUAGCCAUUCAGGCAGGUUACAGGCAGAAGAAUGAGAAUUACAAGGAGCCAAAGGUCAUGCCAUUGCAAACAACCAAGUAUGACAUGGAAGAAAUGAAGCUUGGAAAUCAGAGGGAACCAAAAUGGCCCAAAAGAACUUACCUGGGGAAUGGAGGAGGAAUGUCCUCUUCUCUAUGUAUUGAAAUCCAUGACUUCCAAACUGAACAUGAUGAGAAAGGAAAAGGAAAGGGAAACUAUCUCAGAUGUAGCAAAACCGACAAAGAGAAAUCCAGUGUAAAUAAACAUAGCAGAAGCUAUACUAAAGAGAAACAGUAUGAAUGCAUAGAGCAUGAGAAAAGUAUGACUGAUAAUUUCCAUCUUUCUUUACCUCAAAAACUAUGCAUGAAAGACAAAUUCUACACAUAUAUAAAACGUGGGAAGAAUUUCAGUUUGAGCGCUCACCUUACUUCCUAUGAAGGGACUCAAACGGAGAAACCAUAUAAAUGCGCUGAGUGUGGAAAGGGUUUCAGUAAAAAACUGUUGCUUAUUUUACAUCAAAAAAUUCACACAAAGGAGAAACCAUAUAAAUGC